AAUGGGAUUUUCUAGUGUAGUAAUGGCUGACACGAGCACAGUGAAAGACGUAACUUCAAAUUCGUCCUAGAUUCCGCGGAAUACAGUUUUUUUUUGUACUGUCUUCUUCUCCAUCUUUCACAUUCUGCAAAGCAAAAAGUGUGAAUAAUCUUUCAACACACAAAACCCACAGAGAAAAAAUUAAAGAAGUGUUUGUGUGUGAACAGAAAUUCCAAUUGAAUUUACAGAAUUUCAAAAAAAUCUAAACAAAAAUUACAGCAGAAUCCAUUCGAAUGAAGUGAAAAAUCGAAGAAAACAUCCAAAUCCAAAUCAAAGUGAAAAUUGUAAAUUUUUUCUUCAUUCUUCUUCUUUCCCUCCCACACUCGUAUUCACUCGUCGUUUUUUUGUGUCGAUGUUUCUUCUUAUUUCUCAAAAAUUCUUGGUGUUUUGUUUUUUCUGAUUUUUCUUCAAUAUUGUCGAUUUGUUGUACACGAAAUAAAAAAGCAUAUUUCUGCAUUAUUCUCUGCUCUGCAUCUUCGUUGGUUAUUAUUUUUUUGCAUUAUUCUCAUUCGUCGCGUUUUCAGUGGAAAAAAACAAGUGAAAAAAGAAAUAAUUUAUCCAAAUUGUUAUUCUGAAUGUUUUUUUUUUUGUGCCAAGUAACACACAAAAAAUUUGAAUAAAAAUCGAAAUAGAAAGUUAAAACAAAGAAAACAAGUUUAACUUCAACAAAAGCAACAAAAAAUACCUAAAAGGCAGACAAAAAAGCCCCAUAAAUUAAUUGAUAAAUAUUAAUUAGUUUUUUUUUUGUGUUUCAAGUGACUUCAGUGCAUUUUUUUUAAAUGCUGUUUCUGCUCCAAAACUAGGAUAAUACAAAAAUCCCUGGAUACAAAAUACUAUACACGGGAAAAAGAAGGAAAAAGGAGUGGCGCUUGGAUUUUUUUUCAAUUCGCUCUGUAUUCGUCGGCGCAUUGUUGUUGUUUUUUUUUUUUUUUAAUUCAUUGCUGCAUUGAGUUGUGAGAGGAUUAUUAAAACAAAUUAUUUUGUAAUUGGAAUGAUUUAAGGCGACUGACUGAAACAGCUAAAUGAUGUCAACACAAAGCUUGUGUAGGAACAAAAUGUUUAACCUUCGUCGAAUGAGUUAAAAGACAAACAAUUUGUCAUUUAAAAAAAAAAAUAUGAAUAAUGGUUGUGAAGCACGCUCUUAUCUGACAAGAAACAAAAAUGGAAAAAUAACUCAUACAAAAUCACUCAAUAAAAAAAAUUCACUCAAUAGAAAUCAACUUUGAGACAAAAAAACAACUCAUUUUCAUUAUCAUAAAUCACUCAAACUAUAAUCGACAAAACAUAAAAAUCACUCACUCAAUUUUUAUGUCUAACUCAAAGAUCAAGUAAAUUCCACUCCUAAAACACUCCUCGACAAAACAAAGAAUACAAGAAAAUAACUCAAAAUGAAUUCAGUCAUUUCGGCAUUUAAAACAAAGAAAGCGUCCAAUGGAGGACCAAAUAGUGGCGUAGGCGGUGGCGGCGGUGGAGGUGGUGGUGGUGGGACAACAAAUACAACAACAGCAACAUCUCCCAACAUAACCACAUGUAAUAACGAGAAAAACCAUCGAUCUAGCAAUAAUAACUCCAAUCACUCAACACCAAAUGGUAAAAAACUCAAUUUGAGUUCAUCACAAGAAAAUGGAUAUCAGUACCUUAGACAUAUACGUGAAAUUGAUACUGCAACAAAAAUGCUCUCAUCUGUUGCACUCAGUCCUGAUGAUUUACUCGAGGGUGAUAAAAUGAAUUUCCGUCCGCGAAUGUGUGUGGAUGUGGUUGAUCAUGCAACAUCACCAGUUUCAAUCAUAGAACCACUCAUUGUUGAUGUUAUUGGGAGUAACAAUUGUAAUUUGAGCCAACAACAACAACAAAAUUGUGAUACAGUAAUAGUGAGCACAAGCAGUCCCCACCGGACUGGCAGCAGUUGUACGGUGACAGAAGAUGAUGAUGAAUCAUCAUCGGCAGCAUGCACUAGCAGUUCGAGUGAACUGAGCCAGAGUACUGUUAUUGUUCCAACAACAACUCAAACAUUGAGUAGUCCUGCGAAAAGUCUGAGUGGUAGCAUUAGUUAUAGUAGUUGUAGUAAUAGCAGUAGUAGUUGUGACAUAACGACAAUUGUAGAUACACCAUCGACAAAUACUGAAACCACAGUGACAACAGCUACGGCAAAUUGCUCACAACAACAACAACAAAAUGAGUGUAAUAAUUCUUUGAGUGAUGAUGGAGAUAGUUUGAGUGGAAGUGGUGUAGUCUUAACUGCACCAAAUUCACCUGCAGCAACAAUGACAAGAACGACGACGAUAGCGACAGCAGGAAAUAAUAAUAUAACAUUGCCAAUUAUAAUGCCGAAUGAAAAUAGCAGCUUGGGAUCAUGCAACGGUACACAAGGAUCAUCAAAUUCAGCAACAACAACACCGAAAAGUGCCCGCUAUUCAAAACCACGACUGAGUUUGAGUCGAUUUAUAAAUCACUCAAUGCCUUCAGUACAUGGGAGGCCAAAUGCAAAUGGAAUGAAUGGAAAUGGUGCAGGUGCUAAUGGUUGUAAUGGUACAACGACAAAUGGUGGCCAACCUAAGCGAUUGUCAACACAUCAAAGGAAUUUGAGCUUAGACUUUCGAUCAAUGGGAAUUUUGUUACCUCCGGUGUCACAAGUGACAAAUACACGCAUCAAUCUUACGCAACAUCAUCGAAAUCGUAGUUUAGAUAGCGCCCUACAGCGGAUACCUGAGGUCGAAGUAUCAUCACCAAAUGCCGAAAGCGAAAAUACAUUCUGCACAAAUUCCAUUCUCGGUUCGACAAUGUGCUCCAAAAUUGUCACAUCAACAGUGAGCAGUAAUAGUCCAAUAUCAUCAACUUGCAUCGUCGACCAAUCGCAACAACAAUGCAAAUUAUCAUCACUUACAUCAUCAACAUCAUCGUCAGCUUCCAGUGGUAAUUCUAGUGUGAUUGUUGAACCCUGUUCAAGAACAAAAUCGAGUGAGAAUCCCAGCUGUAACAAUAAUAAUAGUUGUAGUAAUUCUAGUAAUAAACCUCCCAUAGUUGUUCCUUUGUCCAAAGUUGCCGUCGCAGAUAACAGCAACAGUAAAAAGCGUGAAGACCUAACAAGCUUAGGUUCUGACGAUUCAGGAAUAAUCUGCGGUUCUGAAUCCGAUCAAGUCUCUCUGAAUCGCAUUCGCCAAUCACACGAGAGUCUAGAUUCUGGAGAAAUGGAUGCAGAAGAGGAGUGCAUUGAAAUCCUCGACACUACAUCCAUGGAUGAGGAAUACGGUAUGCUGCAGUCAGACCUAUGCUUCUAUCAAUCACCAGAAACCGACUGUCAAACUUUAAGACCCCGAAAAAGACAUGAAGAACAAAGAACACCCACUUCAGAGUCCAUGGGUGAAAAUCGAACGACGACACAUUAUCAAGUGGAAAACAAUCGCAUUUGUGUGCCAAUAUGCAUCAACAGCCCAUCAUCACCAUUGCCCAAUGAUAGUGGGAGUGAUUUGGCGACACCAACAUCGCCAUCAUCUGACGACAACAUCCCACCCCUGUCAACGGGUACAAAAGCUCAAAAAGCCAGCGAUGCCCUGGAACCGGCCAACAAGUCAGAGCACAUCCGAAACGAAGUGCUAUUUAAAAAUUUCUUUGGUGCCACCAAAAAUGCCAUUUUUCGCACAGCGCAGAGUAUAAUUGAAAAUCAUGAAAAAAAGAAUGCAGCCAAGAUAAAAGCUGGCGAACAAGGAGACAACACAUCCAUUGUGACCAGCGACAUUAAAUCUCCGACAGAAAUGUCAAAGAAAAAAGAAUUCUUGCGAUUGAUUUCGUCCAAUGCAAGCAAAAAGGCUGCUGCUGCAGCAGCCACCAAAAUCAGUUCACCCACAGACGAAAUCCAACCUUUGCCAACACUCACAGUUACACCGGUUACUGGGACAACACCCACAGAACCAGAAACUAAAACGUCACUCAUCAAAUCAGGAUCGAUUUCAUCAUUAAAUCGGCUGAAAGCUGUUCCCGGUGUGGUUAAAUGCUUUGUCCGUGAGAAAGAACCACUACGUGAACCAACAAAGACUGAGAAGGGUCCAAACGGGCUAUUGCGUUUCUUCGAAUCGCCCGUCUUCAAUAUACAUUUUGCCAUCCAUUAUUUGUUCUAUUCCAAGGAGCCGGGAGUGCUCAGUUUUAUUGGCAAUAAGAUUUUUAGUUUUCCCGAUCAAGAGGUGGAUCUGUACAUUCCACAAUUGAUUGUAAUGUACAUUCAAAUGGAUGAAUUGGCUGAAGUGCUGGAUCCCUAUUUGACAAUUCGAUGCAGGAAAUCUGUUGAUUUCUCAUUGAAAUGCCUCUGGCUGCUAGAAGCAUAUAACUAUCAAGUAGAUUCGAAUUCCCCAUCAAGCAAAAAGACCCAGCUGGCAUUGAUGAAGGAAAUUUUCUCGAAAAAGGAGCGCAAGCAACUCAAAACACAGCAAAUCGUUGCUUCUCCAGUCAAGAAAACACACCAUCGUUCACAAUCAGAUGCGACGGUGCUUCUUAGUGGAUCACGACUGUCGGCAGCGAAGAUGCCAUCAUUACCAUUCCCCUCAACUCCGGCGAAACUUUGUCUGGGAGAUCUAACAUCUGGCCGGGCGUUCGACAAUGGUUGCACAUGUUUUGAGUCAGUUCGUGGAACAGUAAAUGAUUUACUUGGCCAUAAGACAGUCUGCAUGUGUGGCGCCCCUAAAUCAGCACCACAGAAGGAGUUCAUGAAGGCUCUGAUCAAUGUGGGCAAGAAUCUUACAUCCCUGCCAUCGAAAGCUGAAAAGACCAGCGCACUGAGAAUGUUCUUAAACUUAAUUAACAAAAAUCUUCCCGCCCGAGUAUGGUUGCCAUUGUAUUCAGAUAUUCCACAUCAUGUGGUUCGUAUCACUGAGGAAAAGACUGCAGUUCUCAAUUCCAAGGACAAGACGCCAUAUAUCAUUUAUGUUGAAGUAGUGGAAGUCAAUGAUAUCUACUCUUCGCCGGUAAUUCUUAAAAUGAUGCCAAGUUUAAGGCAUACAAAGAGUGAGGAGCAUUUGGAGUUGAAAGAUUGUUGCAAUAGUGGGAUAGGUGGGGCAGGAAAAACAUCUGAAUCUUCGACGGAAUCACACAAUGGACUAGAUUCUUUAUUGCAUUCGUGUUUGGAUGAUGUGUGGUCGCAAGAGGACGAUGAAAUAACGGCGCAAUAUUUGAAUAUGCGAAAACAGCUGUGCGAGCGUGAUUCUGUAUCUCAAAUGUCAUUGGAUUCUUGUGACUCAAGGGAUCAAGGUAAUGGAAUUCCAGCCCUAUUUAAUAUCGGCGAUGUUCGGACGCGGCACUGUAACAACUUGAAUUGUGAGAACACAAAAUCGUUCAGUAAUGAUCCAGAAGAUCCUUCCGCUGCUGCUUUAAAGGAACCAUGGCACGAAAAGGAGAAACAAAUACGAGAUUCCUCUCCAUAUGGUCAUCUUUCCAACUGGCGUCUGCUUUCAGCGAUUGUGAAAUGUGGAGAUGAUUUGCGUCAAGAACUUAUGGCCACACAAUUACUUCAAAUGUUUAAAAUAAUUUGGGAUGAAGAAAAUGUCGACCUUUGGGUGCGACCAUACAAAAUUGUUUGUUUAUCAAAUGACAGUGGGCUGAUAGAACCGAUUUUAAAUACUGUAUCACUGCAUCAAAUCAAAAAGAACUCAAAUAAAAGUCUUAGAGAUUAUUUUAUUGAUGAGUAUGGUGAUGCUGAGGGUGAAAAAUUUAAAGCAGCACAAAAGAAUUUUGUGCAAAGCUGUGCAGCUUACUGUUUGAUUUCAUAUUUGUUGCAAGUUAAAGAUAGGCAUAAUGGAAACAUUCUUUUACAUUCAGAUGGCCAUCUCAUUCACAUUGAUUUUGGUUUUAUCCUAAGCAUAUCACCAAAGAAUUUAGGAUUUGAACAAUCACCGUUCAAAUUAACUCCAGAAUUUGUCGACGUUAUGGAUGGUACAUCCUCAGAAUUAUGGACUGAAUUUAAUCGUUUAUUACUCGUCGGUAUGAUGACAGCCCGCAAACAUAUGGAUAGAAUAAUAAAUUUUGUUGAAAUAAUGCGAAGCAAUGUUUUUCCAUUUCUAGAUGCCCAAUUGCCAUGCUUCAAAAACGGUUGCUCUGGCACCGUUCAGAAUCUCCGAAAACGUUUCCACAUGAAUCUUACCGAACAAGAAAUGGAACGUAAAGUCGAACAACUUGUCCAAGAUUCUUUAAAGAGUCUUUCAACGAAACUUUACGAUGGCUAUCAAUAUUACACGAAUGGAAUAUUGUGAGAAAGGUUUUCAAUUAAAAUUUAAAUUUAAUAAAAACAGAAACAUAACAAAACAAAAACUAAAACGAGGGAAUUAAAAAAAAAUAUAUGUAAUAAUUGAAAAAAAAGAAAGCAAUUUAAAUUCCAUUUUAUGUUAUAUUUCUAAAGUUCGUAUCUGUAAGUAAGUGCAUUUUUUUUUAAAUUGUCUCUCUCUAUAUAAAUAUAUAUCUCUCAUUUGCUCUAAUUCAUGUGAGAGAAUGAUCGUCUGCUGCAUGUAUGAGAGUGUGUAUGUAAUUUAAUUGUAAAAUAAACUAUAAAUGUAAACUUUAUCAAAAAAGAAAAUACACAACAUGCGUAUGAAUAAAAAAUAAAAAAAAAUGUAUUUUAUAAUCUCUCUCGCGUGUAUGAUUCCUCUUUUUCUACAUAACAUUAUAAGGAAUAUUAAGUGAGAAUGCUUGAAACAUAUGCCACAGUGUGACGAUAGAUUCAUAAAAAAAUAUAUAUAUAUUUACUCUAAAGUAGCUUUGCAGUUUUCUCUGUUUAAAAUAUAAUAAUAAUUGUCUAUACAAAAAAUUAAAAUAUAAAAAUAUAAAUAUAACUUAUAUAACGAUUUUUUA